AUGGCUUCUUCCGUUCGACUAGGUCAAACCCUUCGAGGCCAACAUGGCUUAUACACCAUCUGCAAACAACUCCAGGAAACCGUGUGGCUUGCUAAGCAUGAACCAAAUAUUCUGACGAAGAAAGUCGGUCCACAACUCAGCUUAAGCAAGGGUGGGCAAGAGCAAUCGGUAAUCAUCAAAAGCGUCAACCACUUUCGUCUCCAAAAUGAACGAGAUGUAUUAAAGCGCUUUCAAAACCGUACCCCUUUUCUACGACCCUUAAUCAACGAAAUUGCUGAGCCGUCAGACCCACCAGCCAUAGUGUUGAAGCAUCUAAACGACCACCUUCUUAAUGCCUCUGCGUCCCAGAGGCUUACUAACAAGGAAAUAAAACUAGUCGCAAGAAGUGUUCUAGUGGCUUUACAGGCUCUACAUGAGCACAACUUCGUUCAUACAGAUAUAGAGCCUGAUAAUAUCCUCGUGAACUAUGGCCGGGGAACCACACAAUUCAAAAGUGUGCAACUAGCAGACUGCGGAAGCACUGUGCCUGCAGAUUCAGCAUAUGCUAAGGAUGGCGACUUGAUUGGAGCACCUAUAUGGAGGAGCCCUGAAGCACAUCUCAGGCUUAGCUGGGGCACGGCAACAGAUAUAUGGUCUUUUGGCGCAAUGCUCAUAUCGUUACUUUACGGGGAUAACUUCUUCCUCUUCAGGCCUAAUGUCCCUGCAGAUGACGAUGAGUAUGAAUUUAAGAUACUACAAAAACAAUGCCAGUUCUUUGGGCCCUUCCCUCCGGCAUAUCGGGAGCUCUGCGACCAGGAUACUUUAAAUCUGCUGAUUCAGGUUAUGAAAAGUAUCGCACCCGAAAUGAAAAAGCCAUUUACCAGAAUUUCGGAGAAGGAGCUCGCUAAGGAGGACAAGGAAUUUAUUCUGCGAAUUAUGAAGCUUGAUCCUAGGGAGAGGCCUUCUGCGGCGGAGCUUCUGCAAGAUAAAUGGUUUGACAUAGAGUAA